CCAGAAGCGAGGUCAGUGGAGGUCCGGGAUCAAUUGCCAAGGAGGUCAGUCAAAGAGAUGCUGCAGGGAAACUAGGUCUACACCAAGCCACGCCUGACAUUGCAGUCAGCAACAAGCUGCAGCCAAGGUGUGCCUUAUAAAGAGCAGGAUGGACAGCAGGUGUGAACCCUCAGCGUUUGGGCCUUAAGGAGACAGGCCUGCCUCUCUUCUGCCUGACCUUCUGCUGUCUACGUUCUGCAGCCAGUGGCCUUCAAAAUGAACACUCAGCAGGUGAUCACUCAGCAGCCAGUAGCUGUGAUUGUCCAGCCACAAAGAGGCCAAUGGCAGACGGGCUUAUGUGACUGUUGUAGUGACUGUGGAGUGUGUCUCUGUGGAACAUUCUGUUUUUGGUGCUUGGGAUGCCAAGUUGCUGCAGACAUGAAUGAAUGUUGCCUCUGUGGUACAAGCAUGGCAAUCAGAUCUGUCUACAGGACAAAAUAUGGGAUCCACGGAUCCCUCUGUGGGGACUUCUGGGCUGUCUUGUGUUGCCCUUCCUGCACACUUUGCCAGCUCAAGAGAGACAUCAACAGAAGACAAAAACAGGGAACCUUCUAGGAAGAUUGAUGGCUUUGCUUGCAAUUGAAGCCCUGUUUUCUCCUAACUUGUGUUAAGGGGUAAUGCGAGUACCAAAGUGUCUAAAAUUGCAUAGGACUUUAUGUAGAAAUUAAUAAAAAGGAAUCUUGAGAGUC